GGCUUACAUUCAAAUAAGCUAUUUGUAGACUAUGGUUUAAUUUUACUUUUUUCGCAUGUUUCCUUUGAAACGUCUUUCUGGUACCUUUGUGUCACUUUGGGAUGCACAGGUAAACGACACUUGUAUAUGCACCUCAAUAAUGCCACAGAACGUUUUCAGUAUUAAUUUCGGAAUUUGUCAAACAGUAACAAAAGAUGCGACAAGUGACGAUUCACUUUUUUGCAGAAAAAUGGUUGACGAACGAACUCGUCAAAUUUCCGAGAAGUCCGCAGAAAAAGCCCGACAAGAAAGCGACAGAAUGGAUAGCAAAAAGCAAUCAAGUGAAAAGAUUUGCCAAAAGGAACGAGAGAGACAAGAAAAGGCCGAGACGUGGAAACACUCGCGGAUCGAAGCCAUGAGAGAACGAAGAACACAACACGAGGAAAUGGAGAACAGUUAUGAAAGAGCCGCACAAGAACAGGAGUCGCAAAGACUGAGUGGACUGAAGGAUCGCGAGCAAAGGAGAGUGGAAGCUCACCACGAUCGCUUGGUAACCGAGAGAAGAAUGGGACUAGAUAGGGAAGAUCAGUUGAAACAACGAGAAAUGGAACGUCAGGCGAGAAUAGAUAAGAUUAAAAACACCGCGGAACGAAGAAAAGAAAUGAAAAUUCACGUGAAACAACAGAAUGAACAGAAAUAUCGAGCAAGCAUUCUUCCCUAGACACAAAGGGGCAUAAUGAGGAUAAAGGACUAGACAAUAGCUUGUUUGCCGAUCAGUACUGAACAGUACUGAACUAGAAAAUAGAUACUUUACCUGAACACCAGUCCUUUCCUUCUUCAAUAGCACGAAAAGCAUGUAACAACGUGGGACGCAAGACUCUCCAUCUCUCUUUGUUUUGUUGUUGUCGUUGUUUUUUCUCUCCUCUGCUUCUCGUGCCCCGAGCUUUCAUGCGCUCUUCGAAAUCUUGAAAAGAUAUAGAACUUCUACUGAUACGUUCGGUAUUCUCGUUCCCAGAACUAAAUGCAUGUAUAGAUUUCUCACUCGUUUGAGGGAAGAAUAAACGUUAUUCUUUCCCUUUCUCAACGCUCAGAAUUCUCAAGAAAACUAUGUUAAGGCCCUUGCUCUAUUCCACUCGUGAAAUGAAACGGAAAUGACGCGCUCGGCUUGUACAGAUGGGCGCGACUGCAGGCCCAACUGUAACAACUUGUUAGGUUUAAUUUGCCAAAACGAAGUCAUUGUAAAAGUCGGGUAUGGAUGCGUGUUCAUGUAAAUACUUAGCUGUUAUGGGGAGAAUAUCGAUAAGGAACGUUACACAGAGAGAUUAAAUCAAAUAUAAAUGAAACGUGUAUUGAUUGCCCGAUUAUUAAUUUUCAAUGGAGGGAGCUUUGUACAAAAUACAGAUCUUCAUAACUAUCACUGCUUUUGUGUAUUAAAGAAAUCUGUGGACUCUUUAUAA